AUGAAUUACUGGUGGAUGUUUAUGUUCGCUUUAUUAUCAGUAUUUGCGAUACUCCAGCUUUUUUUAAUUUUAACGAAAUUUAAGUAUGAUACCCCUGUUUGACUUCUUGAGCAAAAUAGAAGAAAAGAUGCAGAAGCAAGCUUAACUCAGUACUAUGAUAAUGAAAAUGAGCCAAUAGCUCUUUCAAAAUUAGAGCAAAAUAUAGCAAAAGCUAAACAAGAAGCUGGAGAAAGCAGCUAUGCUGAUUUGCUGUGCUGCAGAAAAGGGCAUUCUAAGAUUAUUCGAAUUGGAGUCAUGCUGAAUUUAAUACAACAAUGGAGCGGAAUUAACGCAAUUAUAGGGUACUCUACUACUAUUUUUAGCGAGUUCGGAAACAAGUUUAUUGCAAGAGUUUUUACUGUUGUAGUUGGACUUGUUAAUAUGGCCGCUACAUUGAUAUUGUUCCCAGCUGUUAAUAAAUUUGGGAGAAAGCCUAUGCUUUUGGUGGGAUGCUUAGGAAUGGCUGUGUGCUUAAUUUUGGUUGGAAUGUUUUCUGGUCCUGUCGAAGGUUCUUCAGGCCCUCCGCUUGUUUUUAUAUUGCUUUAUAUUGUUUUCUUCGAAAUAUCAGUUGGGCCACUAAUUUGGAUUGUUUGUGGAGAAAUUUGUUCACCGAAAGUUAUGAGUAUUUGCAUUGGAACAAACUGGGCUUCGGUUACAGCUGUGGUCUUCUUGUUCCCUAUUAUGGCUAAUGCAUUUACGAUGACUUAUGCGUUUUUAUUUUAUGCAGGAAUUUGCAUUUUAAGUAUUCCUUAUUUGUGGCUUGACUUAAUCGAGACGAAAGGAAAAACUAAAGCUGACUUGAAAAUGAUGUUUUCAAAACUCAGAUAA